AAAAGGCAGUGUAAUUGAUAUGAUAAUAACAGCUGGAGUGGGAGAGGUAUCUUCUCCCAACACGUUUCAAUGGCAAAGUUUUCUGUCUCCCCUCUCUGCUCUCCCCCCUCUCCUCGUCUUCAACUUCACCGGCAACCAUUCUUCACCGUUUCUCCACCAAUCGCUCAUCCCGCUUCCUCCGCAACCGAUUCCAAUUCCACUUUCACUUUCGCCACCACUUCCAAUCUCACUCCCAAAGUCGUCGUCACCAGAGAACGCGGCAAAAACUCCAAGCUUAUCAACGCUCUGGCCAAACAUGAAAUCAGUUGUUUGGAGCUUCCACUCAUUGAGCACCUACGGGGACCGGAUUUUGACAGGCUUCCUUGUGCAUUAAGUGAUAAUGCAUUUGAUUGGGUUAUCAUAACUUCUCCGGAGGCUGGUUCAGUCUUUCUGGAGGCAUGGAAAACUGCUGGGAUGCCUCGCGCCAGAAUAGGUGUUGUUGGAUCAGGUACUGCAAGCAUUUUCAAGGAGGCUUUGCAGUCUUCAAACAAAUCACUUGAUGUUGCCUUUUCACCAUCAAAAGCAACCGGAAAAGUUUUGGCUAUAGAGCUUCCCAAAAUCGGAAAUAAAACCACCAUUCUAUAUCCUGCUUCAGCAAAGGCUAGCAAUGAGAUUGAGGAAGGGCUUUCAGAUCGCGGAUUUGAAGUUACUAGGAUGAAUACAUAUACAACGGUACCAGUUCAACAUGUUGACCAGAUGGUUCUAAAGCAAGCACUUGCUGCCCCUGUUGUUACAGUAGCUUCACCAUCUGCAAUUCGGGCAUGGAAGAAUCUCCUUUCAGAUUCUGACUGGAGCAAUUAUGUUGCAUGCAUUGGUGAGACAACUGCUGCAAUGUCAAGAAGAUUAGGCUUCAAAAAUGUGUACCACCCAACACAACCAGGCCUUGAAGGCUGGGUGGAGAGCAUCCUUGAAGCAUUAGGAUCCUAUGAUGAAUUAUUGAGGUAGUUCUCUGCCCAUCAUAGCAACCUGAAGGUGUUUCCAGCUGUUUCUUUAUGUAGAGUAUUUGAUUCAUUUAUUGCAUUGAGGAUGGGUUUACUUUCUCUGUUCAGCUGUAUUCUCGAGACUUCUGAGGUUAUAUCAUGUACCAGUAGUAAAUAAUUCCCAUCAUGUAAAUAUUAUACCUCUAUUUAUUUACUACCUAUUCAAUUGAGCACUCAAGGUGCCACUAUGAAGAUGUCUGGGUUGGAGAUGUCUGGUUCAAUCCUGGUUGAAUUGAGACUGCAGUAGUUCAGCCAUUCAGCUUUAAACUAGAGUUUGAUCAUAAGAAAGACUGAGAUAAAAUACACAGGGCGUGCCAAAAUCGCAAGGAAUUAAAAGAACGAAGGAACUUGCUUGGAGAUUUGUUUAAACUGAAACUUCAAAUGAUAAGAGUGAGUGGAGUUUUCUAGUUAUGGUGAAACACAGUAAAAUUGCAUAUUUGAUAAAACCAUGCGCCAAGUAAAAAAACACAAUAGAAGGUGACAAAUUUUCUUCUGUUGCCACACGGUUAUAUAGUGAAAAGGACAAUAUCCAAAUACAACAUUGUGUCAAGAUUGCAAGUGCAUAAUUUUGGAUAGAUGGUAUUUUUGAUCUAAAAUAAGAUGCAACAAAAUUUGGAGCUAUAGUAUCUCUUAACCUUGGAUUAUUCUUUGUUUUUCUCUUUUAU